CAGACGCCGCCCGCAUCCCUCCGGCCUCCGAAGCCCCAGACGCCGCCAGCACCAUGGCCAGCACCGUAUCUGCCUACAAGGAGAAGAUGAAGGAGUUAUCCGUGCUGUCACUCAUCUGCUCCUGCUUCUACUCCCAGCCUCACCCGAACACCAUCUACCAGUAUGGGGAUAUGGAAGUGAAGCAGCUGGAUAAGCGAGCCUCUGGCCAGAGCUUCGAGGUCAUCCUCAAGUCUCCUUCUGACCUAUCUCCAGAGAGCCCUGUGCUCUCUUCUCCUCCCAAGAGGAAGGAUGCUUCGUUGGAAGAGCUGCAGAAGCGGCUGGAAGCAGCUGAGGAGCGGAGGAAGACUCAGGAGGCUCAGGUGCUGAAGCAGCUGGCAGAGCGGCGUGAGCAUGAACGGGAGGUGCUGCACAAGGCGCUGGAAGAAAACAAUAACUUUAGCCGCCUAGCGGAGGAGAAGCUCAACUACAAGAUGGAGUUGAGCAAGGAGAUCCGUGAGGCGCACCUGGCAGCGCUGCGUGAGCGGCUGCGCGAGAAGGAACUGCAUGCUGCUGAGGUGCGCAGGAACAAGGAGCAGCGGGAGGAAAUGUCUGGCUAAGGAGCAUUGGACCCAGAGGCGAGAAGAACAUUUUCCGGUUUUGUUUUUGUUUUCAAUUCUGUCUAGAUGCGAAUUUUGUGCCUGCUCCUAUCUGCUCCCCUAUACCCCCAGCUUCCUGCUUUUCCCCCACACUGAACUGUCCAGUCCUUGUAAUGUGUCUGACCUUGGGCUCUUCCUGAAGGAGCUCCUUAGGCAGGAGAUGUGGUCCCCUAUUCAGACACUAGGCCAGGUGUGGCUGGGGCUCUCUUAGUGGCCCUCUUAGUGGAUGUGUUGGCAACCUUAAUAAAUCUAGUGGC